AUGACCGUGAUGAUGCCAGCACCCAUUGAUCAUCAAGAGGACGAGGAGGUGCUCGUGCCGCAUGCGGAUUUGUCCGAGAACAAUCACCAACCCAUGGAAGUUGUAGCUCAACCUGAAACUGCCAAUACUGUGGAGAGUCAGGCUGUGGAGGAUCCGCCAUCCUCUAGAUUCACAUGGAGAAUUGACAACUUUUCAAGGCUGAAUACGAAGAAACUCUAUUCGGAUACAUUUGUUGUUGGUGGCUAUAAAUGGCGUGUGCUUAUUUUCCCAAAAGGAAACAAUGUGGACUAUUUGUCCAUGUAUUUGGAUGUUGCAGAUUCAGCUAGUUUGCCCUAUGGUUGGAGUAGAUAUGCACAGUUUAGUUUGGCAGUUGUUAAUCAAAUCCAUAAUAAGUAUUCUGUGAGAAAAGACACGCAGCAUCAAUUUAAUGCUCGUGAAAGUGAUUGGGGUUUCACUUCCUUCAUGCCUCUUGGUGAAUUGUAUGAUCCGAGUAGAGGGUAUCUUGUGAAUGAUACUCUUAUGGUUGAAGCUGAGGUUCUUGUUCGUAGGAUUGUUGAUUACUGGACUUAUGAUUCAAAGAAGGAGACUGGCUACGUCGGGCUUAAGAACCAAGGAGCUACCUGUUAUAUGAAUUCUCUACUCCAAACCUUGUACCAUAUUCCUUAUUUUAGAAAGGCUGUGUACCAUAUGCCAACAACUGAAAAUGAUAUGCCCUCUGGUAGCAUCCCUUUGGCUCUACAGAGUUUAUUCUACAAGCUUCAAUACAGUGACACCAGUGUUGCAACAAAGGAGCUGACAAAGUCUUUUGGAUGGGAUACAUAUGAUUCUUUCAUGCAGCAUGAUGUUCAAGAACUAAAUCGGGUUCUUUGUGAAAAACUCGAAGACAAAAUGAAGGGAACUGUUGUUGAGGGAACCAUACAGAAGUUAUUUGAAGGGCACCAUAUGAAUUACAUAGAAUGCAUCAAUGUAGACUACAAAUCAACAAGAAAGGAGUCAUUUUAUGACCUUCAGCUUGAUGUCAAAGGUUGUCGUGAUGUUUAUGCUUCCUUCGAUAAGUACGUUGAAGUUGAACGUCUUGAGGGGGAUAACAAAUAUCAUGCUGAACAGUAUGGUUUGCAGAUGUACACACUACUAGACAUGGCAAUAGGGUGGGUUGAGAAUCCUCACAAAAGGUGGGGUGGGGACAAUGUUUAG